CGAUAUUGCGAAUCUACACCAGCGGUUCGCUGCUCAUGAGCAACCUGUGUCGUUGCCUGUGUGACACCCCUCGGAGCGGUUGGGUCGACUCAAGGGUCAAUGUCCGAGGGCUGAGACGGAAACAUGCAGCUUGCAAGAAAGGGCAACUCACGAGGGUCCCAAUCAAUAUCGAGAGGGUACCAUAUGCGAGGCAAGGCACACUCAAGGAGGCUGGAGCACCAGCACCACUGCACCAGUACCAAGCACAAGCAUCAAGCAGAAGCACCAGCACGAGCCUGUCUGUCCCGAGUUGUCGGGCGAGUUCCGGAUAUUGCCCAAUGGUCCUUGCUGACCACAAACCGGCUCCGAGUGGGAGAAGCAUCUCUUCGAGACAAAAGCAGAAGAGCAUGCAUACUGGGAUCCCCCCCUCUAUCAACCUAUCCCCAAAUCGACAACUGCAUCGUGGACUUGGGUCUUCUUCCCCUGCCCUCUUGGCCUUUUCCCAUCCCCCUCAAAAAGCAAAAACAAAACGCACCCCCUGAUGCCGCCUCUCAUCGGUGUGCUUGACGUUACACGGCACUAGGGUCUCAAGUCCCACCGAUCACCGUCCUGAAUAAUUACCUUGACGUUGUUCAUCGCGGGCGAGGCUCCGUCUGUAC